GAAGGAACGUGCGCGAGAUGAGGCGCCGCGAAUUGAAAAGAACAGAACGCAACUGCGCUGCCUUGCGCUGUGCGAAUACGAGGAGAGGUGGGACCGAAGUAGGGACCAUACGUCAGCAUGUUCCGCCUCGCUAUCGUACGGAGAAUCACGGACAGAUCAAACAUGGCGAGCCAGUCGCUGUUUACGGUGAGAGCAAACGGUUUCUAGCGCCGUGGCGGCAUAUACCAGUGCACGAGGGAGACUUUCUAACGGCGGAGCGCAUUUGUGCCAUCGUGAAUUAACGGAUUUUAGUGGAUAUCGUGUGCAUGGAGACGUGCGAGGCGGAAACGACGACGGAGAAAACGUCGGGCGGCGUCGGUGCCGAUAGCGGAGUACAUGACGCGAAGGGCGUCAUGUACUCCGCAAAAGCGGAGCCAACGCCUGCGGCGUCAUCACGCCCGCUUUUCGAACGGGUGCCGCGAUCUGUCGGCGAGAGCGCGGAACGAGAAGCGAACGUUGAUCGUUCUAACGGUAAUAAGUAUAAAACAUCACUUAUAAAGAACUAUGGAAGAUUGGAAAGCGGUAGCGGUAGCGGUGAUCAAGACGGCGGUCAACAUGAAGAUACCGCAGCAAAAAAGAGGAAAACACGCAGGGGUAAACCCAAACAUAGGAAAUUAAAACCGUAUCUGAAACAAUUAUCUUAUCAGCAACAGUUACGGAGCAGGUGCAUUGGUAGAAUUGCAAAAACUAAUAGGCAACCACCAGCUCUAUAUAAUACCACGCAAUUCCUUAUGAAUGAUCAUAGCGAUCUACCUGAUCUCGAACAAAAAUUAUCAGAAGCCACAUCAUUGGAAGUACCUGCCAUGUUUCAAAAACCACCAGCACCACCGCGCACUCGUGAUUCCAGUUUUAGCGUAGAUUCCGACGAGGAUUAUUUUUAUUCAUCUCCGGAAGAUGAAGAGGAGUUUUUAACGAAAGAAUUUUCAACUGCAUAUGAAGACCUUCAUGAGGAAAGAUUGAGCACUUUGACAAAAACAGAAUUAAUACAGGAAUACAGGCAUUUAGAAGCCAAAAUGGAUUCAUUAACAAAACGAUUACGUAAUAAGAGCAUUCAUCAAAUAGAAGAAAGAGAUUCGGAAAAUAAAAACGUAUCUACUACAGAUUCUGAGAUAGCAAAAAAAUUGAAGUUAUGUCAACAACGGAUUGAUGAUCUGAUACAGCAGAACGAACAGUUAAGACGGGAAAAUGAAAUGUUACGUACUGAAAAAAGAUUAUGCGCGAGCAGUUCCGAGUCUAGUGUCGACAGUGAAAGCGAUAGCGACAGUUCUAGCAAUAGCAACCAAAGUAGAUGUAGUUGCUCUUUCUCAAGUCCAGGAACAUCUCCCAAGCAUACUUACAAAUCUAGAUUAGAUAAUAAUAUAAGAACAGAUAAAAAAAAUGAUAGCUGCGAUACUAGCCGAAGCGGAAGCCCUAGAACGUCUAUAACACCUACCAAUUUUUCUAACAGGCAUAUGGUUAUGAACGAAACUGGUAGUUUUCCUACAUAGAUUCUACUUCCUUUUGAAUCAAAUUGAAAAACGCGUUAAGUCAUGCGUAACAAACAGCAAGGCGGAUCUGUAUUUAUAUACGGUCCAAUUAAUUAUAAAUGUAUAUUAACAUUGCAUUCAAUAUUAUAAAAUUAUGAAUAGUGAAGCAUACAUAGUAUGCAUUUAUUCAAUAUGUGUACCUUACAUAUAUUUAAAAAUGGCGAAUUUUUCAGUAAACUUUGUUGUAACAGUAUUUUCAAUCUUUCUCUGAUAUCUGCUAUAUCUUGUUAGGCUGUUAUUUAAUAUCUUGUUGCAGUUUGCUGGUUUACACUCUUUUUUUUUUCUUUAAGACUGUGUGUGUAUGUUUAUAUAUAUAUAUACACAGUUAUAUGGAUACAUAUAUGUAUAAUAAUAUGAUAAAUGUAGGAUUAAUAGGAAUCUAUAGAAAAACUACUCUUUCGCAUCUGGUUGGUCUUUAUUUUAUUAUUUGCUUUGAAAAAUAUUUACCAUAUGUAUCACGCAUUGCUUCUUUCUCCCGUUUAGUAUCGUACACAAUGCACUUUAAUUACAUUUCCUCAGCCUGAUUUUUGUCUUUUUGCAUACUGCCAAUUACAAAUGCUAAGUUUAUAAAUGGACGGUCUACAGACCAUCAACUAACACAGACUUAUGUACAUAUAUGCGCAUGAGUACAUAAAGGCACAAUUCUCUCUUUUAGAUCCAUUAAAAAUAUAUGUAUUAUAUGUAAUAUACUAAAAAUAUGUGAUGAGAAAAUUAUAUUAUAGAAGAAAUGUAUUAAAAAUCUUUGUACAAUUGUAUAGUUUUAGGAAGUAAGACAAAAAAUGUUAGUUUAUGGUCUGAAAAUGUAAGAUAUGCAAAAAUAUGUUUUACAUUUCUGAGAUUUUUAAUAAAUCUUAAGUUCUGCUCUAAUAUAUAUAUAUAUAUAUGUAAUACGUAUUCUGUUUUAAUAUAUUUUAUCCUCAAAAGUUAGAUUAAACAGUUGGAUUUU